AUGCUUCAUGCCAACGAUGGAUCUACGGCUUCUAUGUCAGGCGCCGCUAUCAGGAAUUUUCUGAAAUCGAAAGGAGCGGACGUAAGCGCUACAUCGGUGUCCAGAAUGAAGCAGAAAAUUGACGACAAAAUUCACGGCGACUUGGUAGAAAUCCCCAAGUUGUUAGAGCGACGUACAGACCGCCAAGCUGCAGCUGAUAUGUGCGAGUUUACACCCCUUCUCGAGGGUGCGUACAGCGUUUUGUUCAAGGGCCCUGUUGCCAUACCAGGAUAUGUGCACCCAGACCUGGUAGUGGAUUUGCCAGCGCUGGAGUGCACGUGCGGCAAUUGGCAAGACCAAAUGUUCCCUUGUGUCCACGCAAUUUGCGCUUCUUCAAAGGAUGGCCGACGAAUCGAAGACUUGUAUGACGCCAAGCGUAUGUCGAUCGAGCACUUCCGCGAUACAUACACAUUCAAAUUUCUCCCUUGGCCGACAACAGCAACCUUACAGCGGGACGACACAAUUCUUCCUCCACAACUUGAACCCACUCCUGAACGGAUUGGUAAAAGAGGGUUGAAGCCGGGGAAGAGGCCACAACACAAGCGAAAGAUUGUGAAAAACGCGCUGUGGGGACAAGAAUAA